AUGGAAGACAAGGUCCUUGGUUUGCAACUGGAAUUUCCGAACAAGCGACUGCGUGGUUCUUCAAAAGGAUGGUUAAUAGCUGUGAAUAUGGAUUUGCUAGUAACUCUUAUAAAUCCGUUUUUAAGGGUGAAAGGGAGACAAAAGAGGGCAGAUUCCAUCAUCGAUCUUCCUCCUUUAGCUUGUCCAGAUAAUAUGUCUCCCCGAAGAAAGACUAUUUUUGUAAAUAAGGCGACACUGUCAGCAGAUCCAAUCUUGGAGGCCGAUAAAUGUAUCGUCAUGGUCAUACAUGAACGUGAGGGUAAUAAUCUGGCUUUCUUUGGACUCACCAAAGAUACGUCAUGGACUUACGUUGUUGAUGAAACACUUCGCUCUCUCCAAGAUGUUGUUCAUGUCGGAAACAAGUUUUAUGUUGUCAAAGAAAUGGGAACACUUUUUUCUUUUGAUAUUACUUCCGAUCAAUCCAUCUCUGAUAAACAAUGGGUUGCUGCCGAUACCUUGGAAUGUUUCCAGAAGUCCGUAAAGACAUAUGUUGUGGUUUUAGAUGAUAACGAACUGUUGAUGGUUCAAAGAGUGGUUGAAUUUGAUGAUGGUGGUCGUUGGACAAAUGAAGUGGGGAUCUUUAAAUUGAAUUUUGAUAUGUACGAGUGGAUUGAGACAGAAACCUUAGGUCACGUUGCUCUAUUUUUGGACGAUAACUUUUCGAUAUCUGUCAAGGCUUCGAAUUUCUCAGGAUGCCUGCCAAAUUGCAUAUACUUCAAUUAUAAUUUUGAUUGUGUCAAUAGUUAUCCAGAACACCGCUUAAAUGAUGAUUAUGACGUGUACGACUCAGGCACUGCCUUAAAACUUUGCUUCAUAUUAUUGUACGUCGCGUCAAAUGUGUCUUUUAUCGAUAAAAACAGAGGUGUAUUAUCGUCUAAAAAUUAUAACUUCAUCAAGCAUCAGAUUAUUGACUGCCGUAUUCCAACUUGUUGA